CCUUUGGGUAGUGUUAGAACGGCGCUGGAGCGACGCUAGGGCUGGCCGUUCUGGCUGAGUGGAGAGAGAUUGUGUGAUCUUUCUCAUGUAUUCACUGGCAUCAUUAGAAACAAGUCACAUCUAAUCAUCACAUGGGCAAUCUCACUCUAUUUCUAAACAGGACUACCAUUCCGGACGCUUUUGGUUCACACCUAAGACUGGAAAAGGUCAUAAUUUCUUAUAUUUUAAUUUCAUCCCUUGCGAGUAAAGAUCGAGUCUGGCAAAGUUCUUUCUCCUGGAGCUGCUUUUGAGAAGAUUAAGGAACACUAUAAACAUUUUUUAAAAGGGAUAUUAUUUUGAAACGGUUUUCUGUUUGGAAAGAAGCCGCCCUAAGUAUCGCCUCUGUAAUACAGGCAGUAGAAGCCAGUUAAUUGCGCCACCUCCCACGCUUGCGGUGCUGUGUUACGAUGGGAAGUUUACCGGUGAGCUUGCUUCUCUUGGCCGGAUUACUGUGGCUUUCGGAUAUUGCUGAAGCGGGAUGCUCCGAAUCUCACAAAUGCUGCAACGGCAGGGACCACAGAUGCAGUAGCAUUGGUUGGAGUAUGAACAGGGUUUUCGGGACCUGUUACUGCGACCAAGCCUGUAGAAGUAUCGGUGACUGUUGUUACGAUUACAUCGAGGCAUGUCCAGCCAGUCCAUGUGUCGUGAGUCAAUGGAGUCAGUGGAGUGGCUGCGCUAACCAAUGCCAGCCUACUGUGCGGAUUCGACGGCGUCACGUUGAACAACAGCCUGUGAAUCAUGGAGACCCUUGUCCAGCACUGGAAGAACGAGCAGGCUGCCUGGAGUAUAUGACUUACCAGGGUGUACAUUGUGGACAGUCCUAUGGCCCUGCUUUUAUAAGCACUGCAGAGUACAAUAAAGAGAGAAGGAAGCUGGCUGUUUUUGAAGAUAAAGAGAUUCCUGGGUAUUGUACUGAGUUCACAAUUGAAUCACUGUCCUUCUACUGCACUGUAGAGAAUCGUUCAUUUGCUAGAUGGAUGCAGUAUCUCCGAGAGGGUUACACUGUUUGUGUAACAUGUCAGCCACCAGCUAUGAAUUCACACAACCACCGUUGUCAUGGUGAUGGGGCAAAUGAUAAUGGGACUCAUAUCUUCCAAUGGCAAGCAGUGGGUAAUUCUCAAUGUAGAGGAACAUGGAGAAAAGUACGUGAGGUGGCAGAGUGCUCAUGCCCUAUUGUUCACAGUUUUAUAUUUACUUGAGAAAUUGUUUCUUAUCUCAGAAAUGUUACUUCAUAAUAGAUUAAGCUUAAAUUUAUAACAAUCCAACAAAAGUACCACUCAACUUCAUUCAAGACCACUCUAUGGGAGUAUUACAAAACAGCACCGAUUUUUCAGAAUAUGAAUGAAAAUCUUUGAAUAGACCCAUUCACUUGUUCAAUAAAAUGAGAACAGCUCUGAAGUCAUCAUCA